UGGGGCCACGAGGCUCUCCGCCUCUGAUUGGGUGGAGCCAUCACGCGCAUCCGCCGGAAGCAGGAGGGCUACUUCCGGUGCGGCUGCAGCAGGGUGGCUGAGCUUUGUCACAGAAGGAGAGGAAGCCAUGGUGUGCAUCCCUUGUAUUGUCAUUCCUGUUCUUCUCUGGGUCUACAAGAAAUUCCUUGAGCCCUACAUCUAUCCUGUUAUUGCUCCUUUCAUUAAGCGUGUGUGGUCCAAGAGAGCUGUGCAAGAAACAGCCACCAAGCAAGGCCAAGGAGGCAGUGCUGGAAAUCCACCUUCAGCCUCACAGAGAGAUAAGGGGGAUGAAUCUGGAACUUACAAGUUUGAAAGCAAUGGGGUUGCAAACGGAAUUGCUGCAAAGGGAUCAACAGAAGUGUCUGACAAGAAAGCAGAUUAGAGGAAUUCAUUCCUACGGAUUUCAUUCCCCUUGUGUCCAACAUGAACUGGUGAUUGCUAUUUCUCACACUGAGACUUUGUUCUUUGCACAUUACAGCUGAAUAAAACCCCUUGCCACUUACAGGAGAGGAUCUCUUUUGCCACUACAAUGGCAGCUAGCAAAUUUCUUAUAUGAAAUGUUUGAAAGCUGUGUUAAGUUAUUCUUUGUUUUCCUCGCCGGAGCCACUUUGCAUCUAUAAUCUAUAAUCUAUUUGACAUGAUUGGAGAUUAGAUUAAAUAGUUUGUGGAUAAGUCUAGCUAAAUGUGUUGCUGCUUAGUUUUGCUCGCUGUGAGUGCAAUACUUCAGGCUUCGACUUGAAAACUGUAACCUUGGUGUAGUUAAAGAGCUACUAAUUUCAUUGUGGCAAUAUAAAUAUUAUGGUCAAAAUUAUGAAGAGCAGAGCCUGCCAUGUGAGAUUUGUGGAUGAGCUAAAGGAGUAAUGCUGUGUGCAAAUUUUACUUAGCUUACUAGAAAUAGAAGGACUUGAUUUGAUAUUUUCAGUCAUUUUUUCUUUAACUUUCUACCUUUCUUUCCUGAGAAGGAUCGACAAAGACAUGAUGCAAGGGAAUUGCUGCUUUAUAUUCUGUUGCAGUGGUUUCAAAUGAUACAUGUCUUAUCUUUCAGAAAAAAAAAAAGACAAAAAUCUCUUUCAGCGUGCUU